CAAGCAAGAAAGAAAUUAAGUUACAGGAUCCUCAAACUUCCUAUGAGGAAAGGGUAAUAUCAACAAAAAUCGCUUACAAGGACCAUUUCUUCCAAGUUACUAAUGUAUAUGCCCCUCCAAACAACAAAGACAGAAGAGAUUUCUUUGAGAGAUGGAGUCCAUCCUGGGAUGAAGAAUUGAUAAAUAUACUUGGUGGGGAUUUCAAUGUCAAUAUAGAUCCUAAGACAAACAGA